AUGGGAAAGCCAAAGCAGGAUAAGAAUUUGAGGAGAGCCUUUGCUAAGGAGGUUAUCAAGGUCAUGAAGAAGCAAGAGAAGGAAGAUAAGAUCAGUACAUCUGAGAAGAAAAAUUAUGUUUCCAAACCACCAACAUUUAGUGGAAAUUCUACUGAGUUUGGAUGGUGGAAAAGUAAGAUGUAUACUCAUAUCAAAGGUCUUGAUGAUGAGUUAUGGGAUAUUCUUGAAGAUGGAAUUGUUUUUGCAAUCGAUGAAGUAGGUACGAUGGCUGAUAGAAAGAGCCUUACACCUACUCAGAAAAAUAUAUAUAGAAAGCCUUACAGAGUUAGACGAUUCUUGAUAGAUAAUCUACCUCAUUCUGAGUAUCUCAAGAUUCUUGAAAAAUCUACAGCGAAAACUAUCUUCAAAUCUCUGCGUGCUUCCUAUGAAGGAAAUCAACAAGUUAAAGAGACUAAAGAAAAUAUUUUGGUUCAAUAA